AUGUCUCGUGGAAACCAGAGAGAGAAGGCCCGCGCGAAGAACCAGAAGGCCGAGGCGAGCGUGAAAAGUAAGAACACAAUGAGUGGGUCGGAGUUUCAACGACACAAGGAGAACAGUGCUGCCAUCAUGCGCGAGAAGCAAAGACUCGCCAAUGAGCGCAAGGCCGCCGAGGCUGGCAAGAAGUAG